AAGUGUUAAUCUGUCAGAGGUAGAGAUGUGUGGCGAGUCUCGGAGGAGGAAGUGAGUGACACACGGUUCUGUUCAUGGUGAGAGGAGCCGAUGCCGGUCGCUUCUCUGCCCACAGCACUUUACCGGACAUGAGGUGAAAGAGUCGUCAGAGGUUCGCAGCAGCGGGAAAAUAAGUUGUGCGUGAAGUACAGAUGUUAGACACAGACUGAACCUCCCUCCCAUCAUGGAUUCCAAGAAGCCAGGCAUGCUGCACCAUCUCCGCAAGAAGCUACAUCUUCGGCGCGACAAGUCGAGCUCAAACAAGGAGGUUGCCCACCUUCAACACGCCAUGGACCAUCGGAUGAGCUCCUCUGUUCCUGACAUGAGGAACAUGAGGCAGGAGUAUGCCAGCAUCUCCUCCAGCCCGCAGCUUCAACAAUUCAACACUACCAGCUACAGUAACCCCUCCACACCUCUUGUCAUUCUUUCGAGAAGCCAGAAACGAGCUGGGAGUGGCCUGAACAUGGGAGUAGUUGGUGAAGGAGUAGGGAGGAGUGAACACAGACUGAGCGUGGCUGCAGACUGUACAGACUGGGCUUCCUCCCAGGAGUCAUUCAACAGUCUCGGUGAGGUAGAGGAAAACUCUCCGGAGACAAACUACAGACCUGCAAGGGGCAUGGAGCCUGAGGAGCUGGAACUGCCGGAGAUGAUGACUGUCUAUAGCCCGGACCAUCCCUCUGUGGAAAUCUCAGAGGACAGCUCACAGUAUGAUAAUCGUGAUUUCACUGGUCAAGUGUUAAAGGAGGGAGACGUGCAUAAUUGUGAGAUGGGCAACGAGACUCUGAGUGUGUCGGACGGCAUCAGAGAUCUGUCCAGGUCCUUCCUACUCACCAUCAACCUGAAGGAAGGAUGUAACCUGGUCAUCAGGGACCGCUGUGGUACCAGUGACCCUUACGUCAAAUUCAAAUUUGAUGGGAAAACGUUCUACAAAAGCAAAGUGGUUUAUAAAAACCUCAACCCAACAUGGAACGAGACCUUCUCUCUACCUGUGAAGGAUCUGAAUCAGAAACUCUACGUCAAGGUCUACGACCGUGACCUGACGACGGAUGACUUUAUGGGCUCUGCCAGUGUCGUCCUGAGUGAUCUGGAGAUGGACAAAGUCAAUGAGCUGUCGUUGUCCUUGAAUGACCCAAACAGCCUGGAGCAGGACAUGGGCACCGUGCUGGUGGACAUGAGUCUGUCAGUCAGAGAUGGAGACAGUAAAAGAGGCCAACGGUGGCCCCAAAUACGAAAACGAAGUUUUAGGUCGAGAGCGUCCUCUCAGAGCUUUCGUCUGUCAGAGACGCUGAAGAAGAGUCAGCUUUGGACGUCUGUGGUGUCGGUGACUCUGGUGGAGGGUCAGGAGCUGCCGGUGGACACUCAGGGAGGUCAGCUCUUUGUUCGCUUCAGACUGGGAGAGCAGAGAUACAAAAGCAAGAAUCACUGCAAAGUGGCGAAGCCUCAGUGGAGAGAGAGGUUCACCUUCAAUCAGUUCGUGGACAGUCCAGAAGUGCUGGAGGUGGAGCUCUGGUCCAAGGAAGGACGAAGGACAGAGGAGUGUUUGGGAACGUGUGAAGUGGACCUAUCCAGGGUCCCUCUCAAUCAGAGGCAGCUGUUCACGCUGGUACCGGGGAAGGGACGUUUGGUUUUCCUGCUCAUGCGGAACCCGUGCAGCGGCGUCUCCAUCUCAGAUCUCUGCGCUGCACCUCUCGAUGAACCUCAGGAACAACAGAACCAGCUGGACAACUUUAGUUUGAAGAAGUCCCUUCAAAACCUCCGAGACGUUGGUUUCCUUCAAGUCAAAGUUAUCAAGGCUGCAGAUCUACUGGCUGCUGAUUUAAACGGAAAGAGUGACCCGUUCUGUGUGUUGGAACUGGGGAAUGACAGACUUCAGACUCACACCAUCUAUAAGAACCUCCACCCAGAGUGGAACCAAGUCUUCACAUUCCCUGUCAAAGACAUUCAUGAUGUUCUGGUGGUGACCAUCUUUGAUGAGGAUGGAGACAAGGCGCCAGACUUCCUGGGAAAAGUUGCCAUCCCCCUGCUCUUGAACCGCCAGGGACAGAAGUUCACUUUCCCACUGAAGAAAGAGGACUUAGGUGGCCUGUCGAAGGGGAGCAUCACUCUGGAGCUGGAUGUUAUUUUUAACCCUGUCAGAGCGGGCAUAAGAACCUUUCAACCCAGAGAGAGAAUAUUCAUCGAGGAUAAUCCCAAAUUUUCUAAAAAGGCUCUGGCGAGGAACGUACUGCGUGUUCAGACACUGUACAGGGCUAUCAUGUCGACGCUGCAGUACAUCAAAAGCUGCUUCCAGUGGGAGAGCGUUCAGAGGAGCCUGCUCGCCUUCCUGGUGUUUUUGCUGACAGUUUGGUACUGGGAGUUUUACAUGCUGCCCUUCUUCCUGGUUUUGCUCAUCUUGAGGAACUACCUCCAGAUCCGCUACGGUCACGUCAGCCACGACCUGGAUAAUAUGGAUUUGGGGGAUGAGGAAGAGGACGAUGAGAAGGAGUCAGAGAGAAAAGGGCUGAUGGAGAAAAUCCACAUGGUGCAAGAAACCAUCAUCACACUUCAGAACCUGCUGGAUGCGAUCGCUUGUUUCGGGGAGAGGAUUAAAAACACGUUCAACUGGUCUGUGCCGUUCCUGUCGGGUCUGGCCCUCCUGGUUUUCAUCAUCGGAACAGUCCUCACAUACUUCAUCCCCAUACGUUACGUAGUUUUAAUAUGGGGCAUCAAUAAAUUCACCAAGAAACUACGGAACCCAUACAGCAUCGACAACAAUGAGGUGCUUGAUUUCCUGAUGAGGGUGCCUUCAGAUGUUCAGAAGGUUCAGUUCAGUGAGGUGAGAGGCAACCGGAAGAAGAAAAUCCAGUAAACGGACCUGACGCUGCUGCUCUGUAGAUCAUUUCCAGUGGAUCUGGGGAUUGUCACCUUUUGUUGUUUUCAGGGUGUGUGGAAGGUUUGAAUCUUAAUCUGCUGUGGUGAGAGCACAGCUGCGCAUCGCUCAUAUCCACCAGCACCUAAAGACCUUUCAACCAAAGACAUCUACGCCAAAGACCCCGCAGAGAUUACCACAUUUUUACGUGUGUCUACUGUGCAUUUCUGGAGCAGUUUGUGAAAUACCUUCCAAAGAUUGUAGGUGUUUUAUUGGAUGUACAGUUUAUUCUUUUAGAUAUUUAAUCAGAGGCUGCUUUUUUAAAAUGUAGUAUUUUCCUAGUCCCAUGUUUUGUUUUCCUGAAAACAACUGACAUAUCAGUUUGUAUUUUAGUGACUGUAUAUGUUUGGCAACAUUUGUGUGUGUAUAUUUCUACAUUGACAAAUGUGAAGACUUUAAUUAUAUAAUACAUGAUUCACUAUUUUUAAAAAUCACAAAUUGUAGCUGGGAUAAAACAAUAGAUUACCUAAAACAUAAAGUAGUUGUUUUUACGUGCAUGGACUUUGUGUUUUUAAAUAUGAAUGAAUUUCAGGUCACAAUCCCUUUUACAACCUUUCACACUGUACUGUCUAAACAGCAACAUAUCAAAGUUAGUAGCAAAUAUCAUGCAUCAUAUGCCUGUAUUGCUUGGAUUCACAUUGAAAAUGGAUAAACAUCUGCGUUCAUUCAGUACUGACUGACUCAUUUUCCUUCAACAUGAUGAUAUGGAUUUAUCUUUACAUGCACAGGUCCCACACAGUGGAUGCACUGUAGUUUGUACUCACUUAACUUUAUUUAUUGAUGACAGUCACUGAUGAAGACUGUGGUUUUCAUUUCUAACAGCAAUAAACAAACACAAUAGCACAGUGUAUGAUCUUUUA